CUGAGAGGCCAGAGGAGAGAAAAGAGAGAGAAGAAACAUUUUUAAGAGGAACAAGAUAAAAAGGAAAAACAAAUCGCCCAUAUAUGAGAGAAUCCCAGUUCAGUGACAGAAGAUCUGAAGCUCUUUUCGUCUUUCAGUGAACUCUGAGAAACACGACGGAGAGAGAAAGAGAGAAAGAGAGAGAUAGAGAGAGAGAUAGUGGAGUUUGAGGUUCCACCGAGUGUGUCUUCCAGACCGGGGAGUCAUGUUUCUCCUACUGUGCGUGUGUCUGAGCGCUGCUCUGCUGGACUCUGACGCGCAGGACCGAGCCUCUCUCUGGAGGGCCAACGACCGCUCCGGACGCUGCCAGUACACCUUCACCGUGCCCAGCCCCAGCGAGGCCAGCUGCCCCCAGCCAGCCCCGGCCGGAGGCCCAGAGAUGGAGGGACUGAAGGCCAGACUCAGCCUUCUGGAGGUGCUGGUGGCCAGGCUGACGGGGGGAGAGACAACAGGGGUUCCCGGGGGCCCCGCCUCACAGACAGGGCUCCAGGAGGCCCUGGCCGUGGCCGUAGGGGAGAGGAGCCUGCUGCAGGGGGAGAAGGAGCGUCUGGAGAGGGAGGUGGAGGCGAUGCAGAGGAGGGUGGAAGACAUUAGCAGAGAGACAGAGAGACUGAGGAGCAGAUGUCCCUCCCAGAUGCUGCCUCCCAAACCUCCCUUACAGGACGGCAGCAUGAGACCCUCCUCAGGUUCCAGUGUUCUCUCCCACCUGGUGUCCAGACCUGUUAGUCAGGGAGACAGCGGGAGUCUGAGAGACCCCUCCUGGGAGUUCAGUUCUCAGGGUUUCCAGGAGCUGAAGGCUGAGGUGACCGAGGUUCCUGCCCCCAGUCCAGAGAGCUCAGUGGACAGCACAGGCUGUGGGGAGCUGGUGUCCGUGGGCGAGCCGGUCCUCCACAGGAGAACAGACACCAUAGCGGGGAAGUACGGCGUGUGGAUGCAGGACCCCGAGGCUAGCGCCCCCUAUGGGCCAGAGAUGGUGUGGCGUAUUGACACGGUCGGCUCUGAGGUCCGACAGCUCUUCGGCUACGAGGACAUGCAGCAGUUUUCUCGGGGCUUCCCGUCCAAGGUCCUGCUGCUCCCUGAGCCUGUCGAGAGCACGGGUGCCACCCUCUUCCGGGGCUCCCUGUACUACCAGCGCCGCCGCAGCCGCACCAUCCUGCGCUACGACCUGGCCUCCGAGAGCAUCGCCGCCCGCAGGGACCUUCCCCACGCCGGCUUCCACGGCCAGUUCCCCUACUCCUGGGGCGGCUACACGGACGUGGACCUGGGGGUGGACGAGCAGGGCCUGUGGGCCGUCUACUCCACCAACAAGGCCAAGGGAGCCAUCGUGCUGUCCCUGCUGGACCCCCACAGCCUGGAGGUGAGGCGGAGCUGGGAGACGGGCAUCCGGAAGAACUCGGUGGCCAACGCCUUCAUGAUCUGCGGCCGGCUGUACACGGUGGCCAGCUACACGUCCCCAAACACCACAGUCAACCACGCGUACGACACGGCCAGUGGCCAGGGCAAGGCCGUGGCCGUGCCCUUCAAGAACAAGUACCGCUACAACAGCAUGAUCGACUACAACCCGGCCCAGAGGAAGCUGUUUGCCUGGGACAACUUCCACAUCGUGUCCUACGACGUCAGGCUGGGGAGGCCCCAGGCCAACUGAGGCCAGGCAGGAGGCCCUACCGGUGUCACCUCCAUAGUCUCCAGAACCCUCCUCUCCUCCACACCCGUCCCUCAGAGUCUUCUUAGCAAGCGGCGGCCACUUUUAGACGAUUGAGACGCUGCCCGGAUGUUCCAGCGUUGUCCCCGGAGGCGAGAGAAGCCCCGUAGCUUUUGUCCAGUAGGUUUGAUUGGCUCUUGGGCGGUCAGCGAGUUCAGCUGCGGUGGUCAUCGCGGCUGUGAGCUCACCUGUCCUGCUUCUGAGACUGACACGCCUGCAAAGCAUAAUCGUGUGGCAGUAGAGGUUAGAAUGAGUCUGUAUGUUCGUUACCUAAACUCCCAUGAGCGCUAAAACAAAACGACAUGAGGAACCUUCCCCUGCAGGUGUUGUGUCAGAGGGAAGGUUUUCGCUGUGGCGCAACCCACUAACGUGUUUAUAGAGGAAUUAUUUUUCUACUGUUUUGGUUACCAGAUCUUGUGUUUUCAUGUGUCGCGCUGAGAAAGGUUGGAUGGCUCAAUUAAUAAAAUCACUGAUUGUUCCGAUGUGUAUCAUAACGGCUUAUAAAGACUCAUUGGAGUGCAAAGAUGUACCUCUUGACUCAUUCAACAUAAGCAAAAAUGUAUUGUAUGUUCCAGUGAGCUGUAUUUCUCAAUACUAGGGCAUGUACAGAUGUAUACCAUAAGAACAAAUAAACUAUAAAUAAUAAA